GGGCAAUUUGGUUUAAUACUAGAUGUAGACUUGGUCACACUAUUACACAUUUUCGUAUUGAUUUUAUUUGCUGAAAAGUCCAAGAAAAGAAGUUGCGGAAUACACAAUUAAAGGGUCAUUAUAGGCGUUUGGAAUUUGUUGCAUCUAAAUGCAACUUAGUGUACAAAAAAGCCAAACUUGCAAACAUGGGCGACAAUGAGCAAAAGGCCCUUCAGCUUAUGGCUGAGGCUGAGAAGAAGCUGACACAACAGAAGGGUUUUCUAGGCUCACUUUUUGGUGGUUCGAACAAGAUCGAAGAUGCCAUCGAGUGCUACCAGCGGGCUGGAAACAUGUUCAAGAUGUCCAAGAACUGGACCAAAGCAGGCGAGUGCUUCUGUGAGGCAGCCACGCUCCAUGCACGCGCUGGCAGUCGCCAUGAUGCUGGCACCUGCUACGUGGAUGCCUCAAACUGUUACAAAAAGGUGGAUGUUGAGAGCGCCGUCAACUGUUUGAUGAAGUCCAUUGAUAUCUACACCGAUAUGGGACGCUUUACCAUGGCUGCCAAGCAUCAUCAAAGCAUUGCGGAAAUGUACGAGAGCGAGCCCAGCACACUGGCCAUGUCAAUUCAGCACUAUGAACAGGCAGCUGACUAUUUCAAGGGUGAAGAGUCUGUUAGCUCGGCCAACAAGUGCAUGUUGAAGGUUGCUCAAUACGCUGCCCAGCUGGAGGAUUAUGAGAAAGCAAUAUCCAUAUACGAGCAGGUGGCUGCCUCCUCCCUGGAGAGUUCGCUGCUCAAGUACAGCGCCAAGGAGUACUUCUUCCGCGCUGCUCUCUGUCAUCUGAGUGUGGAUUUGUUGAAUGCGCAGCACGCCAUUGAGAAGUAUGCGCAACAAUAUCCAGCAUUCCAGGAUUCCCGAGAGUUCAAGCUAAUCAAGGUGUUGUGCGAGCAUCUUGAGGAGCAGAACAUUGAGGGCUUCACAGAGGCAGUUAAGGAUUAUGAUAGCAUCUCACGCUUGGAUCAGUGGUACACAACUAUCUUGCUACGAAUUAAAAAGGCCGCCGAUGAGGAUCCAGACUUGCGAUAAACAAUUUAAACACUCUAUAAACGCAUAUAAAUACAUACCUAUAUAACUAAUUAAAUGCUUUUUUCAGUUACAAAAAAAAAAAAAAAACAA